GUUGGUUUCGGUCAUGGUACGACGGACACGGUCACGGUUUGGUAUCAGACGAACACUAUCGGCAAAGAGGUAGCUCGCAUAAUUUUACAUUCUGGCAGGAAAUCAGAUCUGGUACCGGGAGAACGCGUCUCGCCUCUGAAGGCAUUCGAUUCUUGGAGUACCUCUUUGCUCGUCACGUUCUCCCGAUACCGGGAGUCAAAAGCAUGGCGUGAAGUUUGAAAAGUUGACACUUCGAGGAUUAAACGUGUUAAUUUGUAGUAACGGAUAACGAAUAAAUAUCGACUAAAUAAGCGAGUAGGCGAAGGAAGGAAAAAGACAUUGGAGGAUAAGCGCGAAGAAAAUUAGCAAGAACGGAGGAAAGCUCGAAGAUGUCGGUAUCGACGGUGUUCGACGGUUGAGUUUGCGUGGUAGUCGGUAGAUUGGAGAUUCGGUGAAAAGGAACGGUAUCGCGGCAGCGAAGGGGGCGGGUCGGUAUCAGCGGCGGCGGUGGUUCGAAGGCGAACGCGCGUGCGUGACCGACGUCGCCGCGCGACGCAGCAGCGACGUAACGACGAGGACGAGGACGUGGACGAGGACGAAGCGGUGGGCCGAAGAUCGCCGAGUGCACGGCUACGCGGAGAGACUACGGCUGGUAAUGGUGUGGGCCGCGGCACGAGCACAGUGUUUGAAAAGUCGGCACGACGAGACGCACGAUCAAGAGCCGCCCCGUCGAGUACGGCCAGAGAACGCGGACAGGCAGCCGGUUGUCCGAGGACCGACCAGCCGAAUCUACUGCUACGACCGGAGGCCGGGGACCGUGAACGACGGUGACGCGAAGUUCGAGUCUGGGUACGCAAUUGGUCGUAUCGCGAGUCGGCUACUAGUGCCGUGGAAGCAACGGUAGCAACGUAACCAGCGCGUAAAAUAUGCGAGCUGCCGCGAAGACGCGAGGGUAGAGCGGUCGGCGAGGGGUCGAACGAAAUCCGUCCGAAAGCGAGGAAUCGCGGAGAAAUUUGGCUCGGGCGUUCGCUCGGUGUCGGUGCAGAGCCAAGCUAGGCUAACCGGCGCAUCGGUCGCGCACAGCGCACAGAGCAGUGUCGGUACGGUGAUCCGUGUGUGCGCGUCGACGCGGUUGGUCGGGUUCGCGGUGAUCGAGCGAGAAAACCGAGCUACCGAUCGCCGUCACCGCGCAUCGCGCACCGCCGGGAAACGGUCGCGAUCUUUGCACGCGCACUGCUUCUCGCGAUAAGAUCCGAUGGUGGCCGAAACGUUGAGUGUCCAGUGAUGUACUCGUAGUGUCGCGACGAGGAACGAAAGCUUCCGAGUGCGCGAACCCGCGGAACCCGCUGUUCGUCGUAUCCGCGCGUUGGCAGCGCGGCCCGCUGGGAACCGAAAGCUCGCGUUUCGGAGCUUCCGACGACAACCGAGAGGAGGAAACAUAUGUCCACCGCGAACGAGUGAGCGUAUCGCGGAGGGAGCCUCGAUCAGAGAGAGCUUGGACCACCGAUCGAAGUCUCGUUUGGCGAGAGCGUCGCGCCAACGAUGAACGUCGACGAUUCUCGAUAACGAAGAGAAUGCUACGGAAGCAAAGUCGCUGCCGCGUUACCCGGGAGCGACGCUUCGUUACCGCUACUUAAUCGAUUUCGACGUUAGCGAGAAGACGAGAGGAGAAACCGCGAGGAGGUCGCGAACGCGGCUAUCCGAUCGAGAGAACGGCACAGUCGUCGAGAAAAGGAAUCGAGGGAACAGCAGCUGGAACGAAAGGAGGAUCGGGCGAUCGACGUGGUACGCGCACAGCUUCCGGGAUUCGUGGGUGUUUUUACGCGUAGAGCGUGGAUCGAUAGGUGUCUCGCGAGCUCCGGUCUCGCGGCUGGUCUGCUCGACGACGCCGAGGUUCGCGUCAGCAGGAAAAGGACCGCGUUACGUCGAAAACGGUCGAUCGACGUCGUCGCCGAGAAGCGAAGGAAAAGCAGCGGAUCGAAGCAGCGGAAAACGGGUCCCAGGGUCUGGGUCCGGGUCCGGGUUCGCGUUCUUUGGUGCACGGCUUUUUUCCCGUGGUUGCCGUUGGUAUCGCGCGCGCGGACGUUCCGAUCCCGGUCGAGUCCCGUGAUUUAUGGGGGACUUUAGCGCCUCGAGUCUCUUUUCGAACGCCUUGUCGAAAUCGUCGAUCGGUCCCGCCACUGGCAGCGCCAACAACAACGCCGUAACCGUGACGACCUCGACGAUGCAGGACGACCUCUUGAUCGAGAAACAAGCCGCUGGCAAGCCCGCGCCGCUCUCGCCGAGCAGCGGCCUGGAAACCGUGGCUGGACAAGACAAGACGAAGGACGCGGUCGAGGUCGAGAGUAUCGCUAUCACGCCGACGACGCCCUCCUCCGUCGACAAGGACAUAGCGUGCAACACCGGCUCCAGCCUUCAAGCGUUCUCCGAUCCCGGCAGAGUGCCUAGCUUGUGGUCCGCUCCGGAUGACACGGGACUCCACGCGUUGCCCGUAAACGGAUCCAUCGCCGCCUUUCAAAACUUUCCGACCGGUGGUCCGGCCGGUUUGUUUGCCGGAAGCGGACCCACCGUGUCGACGGGAGCGCGUCGAGCAAUCACGGCUAGUCACAAUUUCCCUCAACAGCACGGAAACGCCGGAACGCCUACCAGCAGACACGGUCUCCAGGUUUCCUCGGCUCAACAACAGCAGCAGCAACAACAACAGCAACAACAACAGCAGCAGCAGCAACAGCAACAGCAACAGCAGCAACAACAACAGCAGCAGCAUCAACAACAGCAGCAACAACAACAGCAGCAACAACAACAGCAACAGCACCAACAGCAACAGCCACAGGCAACUUCGCAUCCGGGUGUUUACCUUCCCGGCAAAGGUUACGCGGCCUGGUCCGGUGGCCCUCAAGCACCUCAACAGUGGGGCGCCGGACCGCAAGCGGCCGCGGUCGCGAAUCCUGGACUCUCGCCGUGGAGUCGCGGCAGAUCCGUACCGAAUAUUCCUCCCCUGCAUUCGUCCCUACACGCCGCAACCGCGGUAGCGGUAGCCGCUGGACUUCAAGGAAGGAAACCGAGCCCCACGUUUCCCGGUCAUCCGGGACCACCGUCUCAUCCGUCUUGCAUCAGUCCGGUAAAGUUUCGGAGGAGUACCUCGUAUCCGGGAAAGGGCAACAUAUACGCGCCCCAACCCGCGCCCACGUUCGAGGUCACCGCCGCCGACGAGAGGGACUUGCUGCAAUUGCCACCGUUUCAGCAGGAUCGUAUGACGGCCAAUGGAAACUCACCGUUGGACAACAUGAGAACUCUGGAACAUUAUUUGAGCGAUAUCAUGCGAACCGGCGCUGCGGAUACACCUGAACACGUAAAAGGAUACAUAAACUGCAAUGCCAGCACACUGCAAUCGCUCGCACAGCUACACGGUAAAUCACCGUUCUUCCCGAGUCUCGAGGAACAAAGCGGAACCCUGCUGGAGGAUCCGAAUGCACCGAGCCAGUUGGACGGUGUUGGCGUCGGUGUCGGUGUCGGUGUCGGUGUCGGUGUCGGCGUUGGCGUCGGUGUAGGUGUCGGCGUCGGGGGUGGAAUAACCGCCUCUCAAGCUGCGCCACUUUCGUCGCCGAGUCGGAGCAGUCCUCACAGCCAGGGUAGCGAGACCGGAGAACGCUUUUCUAGAAAAGUGUUUGUCGGCGGAUUGCCACCAGACAUCGACGAAGAAGAGAUCAAAACCAGCUUUCGUCGUUUUGGAUCAUUGGUCGUCGAUUGGCCUCACAAAGCGGAGAGCAAAUCCUACUUUCCACCAAAGGGCUACGCUUUCCUGCUUUUCCAGGACGAAGCGUCCGUGCAGCAGCUGAUCGACGCGUGCAUUCAAGACGAGGAGAAAUUGUAUCUGUGCGUAAGCUCACCGACGACCAAAGACAAGCCGGUACAGAUUCGGCCAUGGCGAUUGAGCGACGCGGAUUUCGUUCUGGACGCAUCGAUGCCGCUGGAUCCACGGAAAACUGUGUUCGUCGGCGGUGUGCCGCGACCAUUGAAAGCCGUCGAGCUAGCGAUGAUCAUGGAUCGACUUUACGGCGGCGUCUGCUACGCAGGCAUCGACACCGAUCCUGAGCUCAAGUAUCCGAAAGGGGCUGGCAGGGUCGCGUUCAGUAAUCAGCAAAGCUACAUAGCUGCCAUAUCGGCCAGAUUCGUUCAAUUGCAGCACGGCGACAUAGACAAACGAGUCGAAGUCAAGCCGUACGUUCUGGACGAUCAAAUGUGCGACGAGUGUCAGGGACAACGUUGCGGAGGUAAAUUCGCGCCGUUCUUCUGCGCUAACGUUACCUGCUUGCAGUACUACUGCGAGCAUUGCUGGGCAACGAUUCACUCUCGACCAGGUCGCGAGUUUCACAAGCCGCUGGUGAAGGAGGGCGCGGAUCGGCCUCGAGCCGUGCCUUACCGCUGGUGUUAACCCCAGCUCCGUUGUCCCUAAUUAUCUCGCAACCCUAGCUAAUUAACUACCACUUUUACGAACCAUCCCCUCCCCCCACGAGACACUUUACCUACCUUCACCCCUUUCGCCCUUUUCGCCCCUUUCGCCCCGACUCCUUCACCACCUUUGCCUCCGAAAAGAAACACACCCUCCCGAACCCCUGAAAUACAACAUCCCGGUCCAUCCGACAGUCCGUCUCACUCCUAUCGCUUACCUACCGGUUUACCAACCGGAACACAGACCAGAAACCACCAUUACCACUACUACUACCCACUCGAUCGUCGGUACUACCACUACUCUACUACUACCACUAUUAUCGCUACUACUAUUACUACUCUAUCACUACUACCACAAUUACUAUUCAACUACAAGUUACUUCAACUCCACUGCUACUUUAACACAUUUACCGGUUACUCGACGAACAAAACCACCCGGCGUUGCCUGCCAGUCGAACCUCUCGGCGUCACACCGAUCGAUCCUCGGCCUUCGAUCUCGCAGCAUCCAUGGCAAGCGAGAGACUGUACUCUUCGACACUCGCCAUCGAUAGACGUUGCAUCGAAGGAAACGACCGAACGAAAACCCAUCGAAUUCAAAGGAUGGAAGGAUCGUUGCAAACGCGCUUGAUCUCUACAAGAUAUCUCAUUUACCGAGUAUUAUCGAUUCGUUGGCAAACGCGAUUCGAGUCUAGUCGAGUCGAGUUUCUGAUUCGGUGUGAACCAAGAUCCAUCGGUUCCACUGCUCCUCGACCGUGUUCGCUCUUUGCUCGUCUAUUUUCCCCACAUCACGCGGCUCGCGGCUCGCGGCUCGCGGUGCAUCGAGCCAAGGCGGACAAGAGUCCAAAAGUCUCUCGCCGAUCGACCACCGACCAUCGACCAACCACCGGAGAACGUGCUUUCGCACCGAGCAACCCUGCAACCUGUCGACGCCACAGCGAAAAACUCUUCGCCAACUGUCUCAUCUUUUCGUACGAGCGACAAUCGGACAAGAGACUUCCGCGUCGGAGAAACCGUGUCGGAACGCAGACUUUCCUUCUUCAUCCUGAUAUCGCCAACUGUCCUUCGUUCGAACGACCGAGGCCAGAGAAGGAAAAAUGCCGAACGAGGAACACGCGACUACCCCACAGAGAAGAUGUGUCCGUUCCUCUCGUCGAUCGUUUUACGUUUUCGUAGACGAUCGAGGGAGGAUCGAAGCUCGUCGAUCGAAACGCUGCUGUCGGUUUAGAAAGGGCCAACUCCGGUCGAGAGACGCACGAAAGAAACGAAAUGUGGUAAGAAAAUGUAGCGAGUACCUGAUUCGACGCGAAAUUAUGAGGUUUAAAAAUCGAUAGAGAAAAAAGAAACACACACACACAGAGAGAAAGAAAUAGAGAAAGCGAUUGAUCGAUAAAGUUGCAAGGCCGCCGAGACGUGCGCUGGUAGAAACGCGGAAGAGUGAUAGAUAAAUAGAGACGCGAGUCCGGGAGGCAAACCGUUCGCGAUCGAACGUUGAGUAGAUAAUGAAAAACAUCCACGCUUCAAACCGCUGUGUAUUAGAUAAUUCUCUGUAUCACACAGUCUUUAGCUUUUUAAGGACUUAUCGAAUAUGUUACAUAGGUGCGUUAUAUAUAAAUAUAUAUUAUACAUGCGUUUUUCGCGUGGAUAACGCGACUCGCGCUCGUAGACGGAAUAUUUGGAAGAAAGAGAGAUGGUUUUUUACUAAUUAACUUAUCCGAAUACGAGAUGUAGGAAAAAUUAAAGAAAAGGGGGAAAGAGUCAUAUAGCGGGGGGAUAUCGAGAGCGAAUGAUAAGCGAACGAGAAUCAGAAAGCUGACAAAGAUGAAAGAACGGAACGUAAAUGGGCAAUUUAAAAGUCGAUAGUUGAAUUUUCUUAGCGCGCGACCGCGUGUUCUCGCACGACACGUCUGUCUAACCGUAUCCGAUUCUCUGCCAAUACUUCGAACCAGCCCGAACAACCUUUCGCGGAGUCGUCUCGGGAGGAGAGGGAGGCGAGGGGAUGGGAUCGCGCUUCGGAAGAAGAAACGAAAACGCGGGCCUUGCGAUCUCGCUUCGUGCGAGAACGAUCCGUUAUUUAUUUUCCGAAAAAUAAAAAUGCAAACGUAUCCGACGCUUACCGAAUGAAAAAUCGUGGAAAAAGUGCACGCGAAAACGUCGACGAUAAGUAAUCACGGAAACAAAGCUAAUUCGUUUUUGCUUCGAAGGCAAAUCGCGCGCGGUCGUAUCAGAAAACAAUUGGCACGAUAGCCGAACCGAACUAUCGUUGUACGUGCACGCGGCUUCUACAUAGGCCUGCGUAUUUCGACUCGAUGAUCCGGCGCGAAACGAAUCGCGAAACGAAUCGCGAAUCGCUCGUUUCGAGGGAGAAACGGACGAUUGUCCGUUCUUGUUCGUCGUCCAGUCGAAGAAGAGCGGAAAUCUAAGUCGUAGUCGAUUCGAUCGUCGUACGUGCGAAAAGAGCAACGUUCUUUACGCUAGACUCGUAGGAAAUCGCAUGAAUCCCUCCUGUGUAAAUACCGACUUUUCUUCUACCGAUACGAUCCUCGUAAAAGGGCGACGGUCGAAUACACGUUUCCUUAAUUCUAACGAAAUUUUUCGCUCGAUGUACAUAAUCAAACGCAAUGAUGCAAUCGACGUAGUUGAAACGAUAUCUCGCCUCGAUCGAGACACGUGUAUUCUUCAACGGGAAGUUGUCGAGAUGCUCUCGAUGGUAAUUCCUAGCGCGGCGUUUCCGACAACCGUUCGUCCGCCUUUUCUCUACUUUUCUUUCGACGAAAACGACCACAGUCGAGAUCAUUUUGCUCGCGUAAUCGAAGGAGCAGGAGGAGGAAAGUACUUUGCGCGAGACGUGGACACGCGUAGCUUUGCUGCUUGCACGAUCGUGCUCGCAGCUUGACCGUGAUAGGCAUCGAAGACUCCGUCGCUCGUUAUUUCGAGUUUCGCGUAAAUAGCUAUGUAUCGGAUAUGUCGAAUCGGCAUAUACGACCGAUCGAACCUGCGUCUGCGGCUCGAGUAUAGGACCGAAUGGGUCGUGUAAAGUACGGAUUGCUAGCGGUAGCAUACUUGUCAAAUUCUUUAUAGACACUUUCUCGACUGUCGCGUAAUGUACAUCCAAAAAAUUUUGUAAUUUCGUAAGUUGCUCGACGAUUCACGAGAACGGCAUCGCGUCUCGACUGGUUAAGGUAGUUCCAACCGAUAACUUAAUUGUUUGUAUUCGUGUUUAGCCUCGGGCACAUUGCAGCAUCAUCGAUCGAAACCAUAAUCUCGUAGUUUGAUCUCGCACGAGUACUUUUCAACGUCACACUCUCGCGUGUACACGGUUAGCAACAAACUCACACGUACGUGCCGAGACGCAGGCUUGUUCACUUUUCAAACUAUAAAAAUACACAUACGUACACACACACGCGCGCGCAUACAUACAUACAUACAUUCAUAUAUACAUAUAUAUAUAUAUAUAUAAAUAUACAUAUAUAUUUAUUUUUUUGGUACUCUUUUUUGUAUAUAUUUGUCGCCGUAGAUUAGGUGUCGUCUAGACACCAUAGAGGUACGAGCAUGUGCACGACGGAUAGGAAAAGCGAGAGAAAAACCGUAAGAACGGCCACUCUCCAUCCCUUCGUUCGUACGAAUUCGUGCGUAUACUCGCGAGCGUUUAUCGGGUACGGAGAAUGUACGGAGUAGUCUAAAUAAUUGCGAUGAAAAUAACUGUUGAACGAUAAUCCGUCGAGACGAGUAUCCCGUUUGACAUUCGCCCACCUCCCUUGGGAAAGCAUUGGCAGAGACGAAAGGUAUUUACUUAGACGCAACAUGCCGCGAUCGUCCCAAGGCGAUACAAAAUAACGUACUAAAGGGGAAAAGAAUGAAACGUCGGCAACGAUUACAGAUUAGAAGUGUGCGAUACAGGAGAAAAGAAAUUUCGUGUCGAAAUGCACGCGAAGCUCGUCGAGAUAUGUAUUAUGUAUAUAGGUGUAUAUGUAUGCACUAUCGAGUCGACGGAACAAACACAUUGAAUUUUUUCUAUCCGUUGCUACGGUAAUAUUCUAAAUAACGGUUAAUCUUUUCUUGCGCACUCGACAAAUUUAACGUUGUUCAUCGGAGACCGAAUAGCGAGAAGAGGUGAAAUCGAAAGGAUGAGAGAUCGAGGUAGGAACGGAGAGACAAGGAAAGGCGGACGAUCGAGCGAGCGAGAGAAAAGGAGGUGAACAUUAGUUAGCGUAAUUUUUCGUCGCGAGGCAUCGUUCCGAUGUGGACGAAAAGCGAUGGAACGAGUCCGUACGGCGUGCAACCGGUAAAUAAUAAAUUUGAUAGCGCGAGUGUGGUUUCUCGAUUGCUUCGAAGAUGAAACCUCUCGACUAGCUUGUUGUCCCGAAUUUUGUUGCGAUCACUGUUGCGCGCUCAUGUUUCUUUCAACGUUGUCAUUCACUUUUCGUUAAUUGUUUAACGGUAGGAUUGUUCCGAUCCGAUCGACCGCCACGAAAAUUGCUUCCGAAGACUUUGAAACGCUCUUUCGCGAACAUUGAUCGCUACGAACGGAAAAACUUUGAGGCGACAAAGUUUCGAGCGGGGCAACUCGAUGUAUUCCGAAAUUCCGAGGAAUCCUCGAAGCAUUCUCGCGAUAACGCGGUUCGUAUAUUAGAGAAAAAUCUGUUACUCGUAACCGAGAAGAAAGUAUGCGUCCGAAUCGCUGUCGCACGCGCUGCCACACGCGUGUACGCUCGCGCGUACGGACAGGAUCUCCCACUAAUCGAUCGAUAUAGUUGUAGCGAAACUUAACUAGGUACCAAUUCACCUAAAUCAAUUGAUAAUUAAAGAAAAAGUAUACAUAUAUAUAGAGAAUAGUAUCGUUCCAGUACUUGAACGGACCGAGUAUUUGGACGAGGACCGAGACCGAGAUUUUUCUAGACAAAUUUUUCUAUUCGUUAAAGAAUGUUCUACUCCGAAACGCGGAGAACCUGCUAUUGGCGUACACGGUGGUCGCGCCGGAACGGACGUAAUUUUCACCGUCAUUUUUCUGGCGCGGCGAAUCAUGCCAAUCCACCUACACGAACACACCACGCACUUACGCUGACAUAGUACACGAUACGGAAAAGCCGCGUGUAAGCGUCUUUUUGUACGCGGAACUGCUUCGACGUAACUAUUUAGCUAAAUUUUGCGGAACGCGCGUUUUGUAAUUUCGCGCAGCCUUCCACGAAUUUCUUUCGCGGCGCGACGUUCCUUUAUCGCGAACACGCUACACGCUACUCGUAACACACACACCCACACACACACACACACACACACGCAGACACAGGCACACGUAUACACACGAUAGGAAAUUGAAACGAAAGCAGGAACAAGAAACGUAUUAAGUGUUCCAAUGAGGUGUUCGUAAAUUACCCGCGAGUCGGCGGUUGUUUUCGAUAUUCGUGUGCCUCUACGACGACGACGAUUAAAAAAAUAUUCGUACGUCGAUCGCUGGACGAAACGAGUGUCCUAUGCGUUCGUAGAACUUUGAUCGGCGAUCAGACGAGAUCCGCGACGCACCAGUAAUUGGAUGUUUUCGAUUAAUUUUAUUACGCGUACGUACCGAGACUAAAACGAUAUCUUUCGUUCGGUAAAUUUGUAUAAUUGCGACGAAUAAUUUAUUAAAGGAAAAUCGUCGACUCGAG